AUGCGGCCGCCGAUCCAGCGUCUCCAAUUCCGGCCGGGCCUUCUCGACAAUGUGUGCUGGCAAUGCACGCACCGCGCGCUGCGCCAGGCCGACCGCACGUCAAACCCCGCGCGGAAGACCUUGUUUUCCUCGAAACCGACUCUCCCCCGCACAUCUGCCAAUGUCGCGCCUGCGCUACCGCGACACCGUUUCAAGGCCGGCUUCUUCCUCUCGAAUACCCUCCUCGCCCGCACCAAUGGCACUUCGGCCAGCCACGAUACCGCCUCCGCAGUAACAAACCCUAACUCCACAACUACGGCGGCUGCUCCCACAAACUCAAUGGCCACGUCCCUCCCACCCGAUGCGUCCUCUCGCCUAGCCGACACGGCCGCCCGCGCGCCUCCCACCUCACUCCGACGCACGCUCUCUUCACUCCUCUCCCUCUCCAAACCGCGACUCACCGUACUCGUCGUGCUCUCCGCCAUGGUGCCCUACGCGCUCUACCCGGUUCCCGCCUUUCUAGCCUCUCCCGCCCUCGCAUCAUCCGCCCCAUCCCUGUCCCCGCUGACUCUCCUUUUCCUUACCACGGGCACGACGCUGUGUUCCGCCGCCGCCAACGCGCUCAACAUGCUGUACGAACCCGACACCGACGCCCGCAUGAGCCGCACACGCACGCGCCCGCUAGUCCGCCGGCUUUUGAGCACCCGCGCUGCAGUCCUGUUUGCAGUCGGGUGUGCGGUCACAGGCACCGCUGCGCUGUAUCUGGGCGUGAACCCCACUGUCGCGUUUUUGGGCGCUGCGAAUAUUGCGCUGUAUGCAGGCGCGUACACCCCGCUGAAGCGCGUGUCAGCGUGGAAUACAUGGGUCGGGGCCAUCGUAGGUGGGAUCCCGCCCCUCAUGGGCUGGGCUGCGGCUGCAGGGGAGAGCGCCACGGGCGACGGGACCUGGCGCGAACUCUUGUUUGCCAGCGAUGGGUCGAGCCUGGGUGGCUGGCUUUUUGCCGGCUUGCUGUUUACCUGGCAGUUCCCGCAUUUCAUGCCCCUCUCGUGGGGCAUUAGGGAGGAGUACAAGGCGGCUGGGCUGCGGAUGCUGUGCUGGGUGAACCCGGCGCGUAACGCACGUGUUGCGCUGCGCUACAGCCUCGUGUUUGUCCCAUUAUGUCUGGGUCUAUGCGCCGCCGGUGUUACCGAGUGGAGCUUUGCGGUCACCAGUCUUCCGGUGAACCUGUGGCUGGUGCGCGAGGCGGUCAAGUUUUGGCGCCACGAGGGACACAAGGGCAGUGCGAGGAGCCUGUUUUGGGCCAGUGUAUGGCAUUUGCCGGUGAUCAUGGUGUUGGCGCUCGUGCAGAAGAAAGGGAUGUGGGCGAGGGUAUGGCACAGUAUCACGGGGUCGCCGGAGGAGGGUAAUGAUUUGGACGACGAUGAAGACGAUGAGGAUGAGGACGAGGAUGAAAAGGAUCCCGAAUGGAUCGCCAGCCCCCGGGCCGGACCCACAGCCGGAAAUGUGGGGCUACCGGAGAACCCACGGCGGUAA